GCUUUUGCCAUGAACGACCAUUUCAUGCUCUCGAGUUCGCCGCGUGCCAAGCAGCAGCGAGGCCUGCGGCAGUGGUACCUCGGCGACGCCGAGAUGGCGCCCAAGCGCUUCUGCGGCGGGUGGCUCAAGCGCGGGCCGUUCAUCUGCCUCCACGCGACCGUCGCCAUCAUCCUCAUCUUGCUCAUCGUCAUCCCGAUCCUCACUGCCGUCGUUGUGCCGCGCAGCAUCCAAACCAAGUUUGCCGCUUCGCUCGCCGGAUCGACAGACUCGAGCAAAACCGUCUUUGCCGUGACCAACAACUCGAACGGCGAGUUCAACGUGACGACGACGAUUGCGGCGGCGACCUUUCUGCCGGGUACAGCGACGAUCGACGGGCCGUUCACGCUCGCGCUCUCGGACGCCUCGGGCAAAGGCUGGGCCACCAUCACGGUCGCCGACGCGGUCUCGUUUCCGAUCAACCACGACGCGACGGUGACGUUCUCGGCGCGCCUUCUGGUCUAUGACACCCCGUCCCCGACUUUGCUGGCGGCUUUUGCCACGUCAAAAGAGCUCGCGACGACCGUCAAUACGUCCUGGACGAUCCGACUUUGGGGCUUUGUGUGGUACCGGGAUCUCGCGCUGCGUGGCGUGCACACGGUGCGCACAGUUAAUUCGUUCAACGCGAUGUUUGCGUCGGCGUUUGCUCCCACGUCCGCCGCAACCGCCAAGACGACCGUCGCCUUUGAGGCCAACGGCGCCAACAACUUUCGCGUCACAACGACGAUUGCGCCGCUCUCGACGCUGCCCGGUACGAUCACGAUCGCGCCGCCGCUUGUCUUUACGGUCGCCGACUCGACAAACGCGGGCUGGGCCAACGUCAGCUUCUUGGACCCGAUCGCACUGCCGCUGUACGCGCCCGCGUCACUGUCGCUCAAUGGACAGCUCAAGGUCUAUCGCUUCCCGAGCGCGAUCGUAGUGGCGCAGGCGCUGUUGGGUCAAAACGUCACAAUGCGCGUCUCAACGGAGGUGACGGCGUCGCUCUACGGGCGCGUGUGGUACGCGCGUCUGCCUCUCCAAGCCGACGUCGACAUCAACUCGCUCCUGGGCGCGACCAUCUGGAGCGCGAUCACGAGCCUCUUGUCAUAAACGAAUGAGCUUUGCAUGGAAGUACUUGUGUUCUUGAGGUUCUCGGAUAGAUGCCACCAUGAUCCUGUAGUAGAGUCAAUACAGAGCUGCCAGCUG